AUGACAGAGACCGCGCCAGCAGCAGCAGCCGCUCCUUCUCCCGCCGAAGCGGCCGCCAAGUCCAAGAGGCAGCCGAAGAAAUCCACCGCUGCAGGGGGCGCCAAGAAAAGCAAGAAGCCGUCCGGUCCCAGCGUGUCCGAGCUCCUCGUCACAGCCGUGUCCGCCUCCAAGGAGCGCAGCGGGGUGUCUCUGGCCGCCCUGAAGAAGGCUCUGGCUGCAGGAGGAUGCGAUGUGGAGAAGAAUAAUAGCCGCAUCAAGGUGGCCAUCAGGGCUCUGGUCACCAAGGGGACCCUCACCCAGGUGAAGGGCAGCGGCGCCUCCGGCUCCUUCAAGCUCAACAAGAAGCAGCAGGAGACCAAGGACAAGGCGGCCAAGAAGAAGCCGGCGACGGCCAAGAAACCUGCAGCUACUGCGGCCAAGAAACCCGCCAAAUCCCCGAAGAAGCCCAAGAAGGCUCCGGCCAAGAGCCCGAAAAAGACCAAGAAACCGGCCGCGGCCAAGAAAGCAGCCAAGAGCCCCAAGAAGCCGAAGGCUGCCCCCAAGCCCAAGAAGCUGGCCAAGAGUCCGGCUAAGAAGGCGGCCAAACCCAAGGCUGCCAAGAGUCCGGCUAAGAAAGCGGCGAAAGCCAAGAAGAGCGCGGCCAAGAAGUAACCGGCGCCGCCCGCACCUCUCCCCAAAGGCUCUUCUCAGAGCCACCACCUCCUCCUCA